GCCAGACUCCAAUGAAUUUACACAGGCUACCGACCGACGGAGGGAGCGGGGAAAAGUCUGGCGCAAACACACGGGUUUAAUCUCCAGAAACAGAGCGUUGAACCAACUCAAAGUGUGAUAAGAUAAGUUGUGGUUUUGGUGUAGCCCCGCUUCUUCUCGGCUUCACCUCUAGCUCGCAGAAACCAAUGUGGGAUAGUGAUUGGAGUUGACAAGCCCGCACCACUACUGUAUGUGCCCCCUCCUCCUCUCCCGCUUCACACAACCAGGAAAUCGUCGAGGUGUGCUUCUUUAUUCCGCUAGUGGCUACCCCGUUUGCGGGUGUAGAUCAUAGACUGGUGUAGAUGCGCUUUUUUGGUCGAAUUUUCUCAGUUUUUUAUUUCACUAGUUUGACUUUUAAAGCCGGGCUUCAGCUCUGAAGUCAGCCAAACUUGCCUAAGAGGAGAGGACCUCCACUCUGGCCGAACAAUGAGUGAGUCGAGUAUUUGCCAGGCUCGGGCCACUGUGAUGAUCUAUGAUGAUGGCAAUAAGAAGUGGCUGCCGGCAGGCACUGGACCCCAGUCCUUUAGCAGAGUCCAGAUCUACCACAACCCCACCAACAAUGCCUUCAGGGUAGUGGGACGCAAGAUGCAGACGGACCAGCAGGUGGUAAUAAACUGCCCAAUUGUGAGAGGUCUCAAGUAUAACCAGGCCACACCCAAUUUCCACCAGUGGAGGGAUGCCCGGCAGGUGUGGGGGCUCAACUUUGGCAGCAAGGAGGAUGCUACUCUAUUUGCCAAUGGCAUGGCUCACGCUCUGGAGGUGCUUAACUCUAUGGCAGAUGCAGGCUAUGCAACCCUCCCCCGCCCAGUGUCAAAUGGCCCUUCUCCAGAAGAGCUUGAACAACAGCGGAGGUUGGAGCAGCAGAGGUUGGAGCAGCAGGAACGGGAGCGACAGGAGAGAGAGAGACUGGAGCGGGAGCGUCAGGAAAGAGAGAGACUGGAUAGAGAGAGACAAGCUGCUGCAGUCCCUAUUCCUCCAGCUCCACCAUUGGCCCCUGGAGGCCCCCCUCCUCCACCUGCCCCUCCUCCACCCCCUGGUCCUCCUCCGGCUGUUUCCAUCCCUCCCCCACCGGGGCCACCUCCCUCAGGACCUCCGCCGGCCCCACCCCUGCCUGCUGCAGGAGGAGGAGGAGGAGGAGGUGGCAGUGAUGGUGGAGGACUUGGAGGGGGCUUGGCGGCUGCCCUAGCAGGAGCUAAACUACGCAAGGUAGCCAAGCAGGAGGACGCAGUCCCUGCAGCUCCAAUAGGCAGAGCUGACCCCAACCGUGUCAGCACCUCCUCUAUUGGAGGAGGUGGAGGAGGAGGAGGAGGAGGAGGAGGGGGUGGUCUGAUGGGUGAAAUGAGUGCCAUUUUGGCACGAAGGCGAAAAGCUGCAGACACUGGAGAGAAGCCAGCUGUGAAGACACAAGAUAAUGAUGAAUCCGAUGCUCAAGGUCAAAGCGACACCAUGAGAAGACCAUGGGAAAAAUCGGCAAUGACCAGGAAUAACUCCAUCCCCAAGAGCAUGGACUCCACUUCCUCAUUGUCCCAAGGGUCCAGGGCAAAGCCUGCAGGCAACAGUAAUGAUGCGGGAGAUGAUUCGGAUUUAGAGAAAAUGAAACAGGAGAUCCUGGAGGAGGUGCGGAAAGAACUACAAAAAGUCAAGGAGGAAAUAAUUGGAGCCUUUAUUCAGGAGCUGCAAAAGAGAAGCACAUAGUUCUGCUGAGUGUCAGGUGUAACAGAGGGAUGUGAUAGAUGGAGGCGGUUGAGGCUCGUUGGGACCUCGCCUCCACUGCGCCCUCCAAUGUAGCCCAGGGAUUUCUUUUUCUCCUACACAUUUUCUCUUUCUCUUACACAAAACACAUGUGAGCAUACUUGCUUGUGUGUACAUCAUGCAAAUUCACUUCAUGUAACCCAGGGAACCUCCUCACAUUGCCAUCGGCACUUUUGAGGAUCACUCAACGGUGAUCCCAUCUAUCCAAUCUCUCCCCUGUUCAUUCAUCCCGUCCCCUUGUGUCCUCUGUGUUCUGUUCAUCUGAACCAAUUCAGAGCACAAAGCUACAAGCACAGUUGUUCUACCAAUUCGUCAUCAUGUGUACUCAUCAUAACCCUCUUUUCUGCAGAAACCCUGCUACUUGUGUCUUCUCCCUUCUACUAUGAGAUGCACCAUUUACUGAUAGAGCAGUCUUCAGUAUUCAGGGACAAUGUAUUAGUCACAUUUUUACUGUAAUAGCAAGAUGCUGGCAUGCUGGGAUCCUCUUUCUCUCUCAGUUUGCGAACAGUUGAUCAACCUCAAACACCGCUACAGAUACUUCUGUUCAGACAUCUGCUAGUAGGUUGUUGUCUGUAAUGGUAGCUGGAGGUGGAAAAACUACAAUAAUCAAGGGUGGACCAGAGACCCCAACUCCCUGACUAAUGCAGUGUCUCUCCGGCAAGUGGGCUUUCAGCUUCCAGCAAUGGCUAAGAACUUACACAACACAACACAAGCCUUCACUGCUACAAGAUAGAGAAGUUAGAGGAAGAGGAGACAAGCAAAGGGAAUCUAAUGGACAACUUGAGUGCUGUGAAAGAGGAGUGUGUUGUAGUUUUUUGAUGCAUGAGAAAUGUGUUCUCUUUGCAUUGCACUUGUUGCAGAGGAAGUGUGUCUGUGUGCCACACUGCCUUGACAGACAAUUCCCUCUCACUCAAAAUGAGAUAUUUUUUGGCCAGUGCAGUGGUCCUACACUGUGCUUCUGCUAGUUAUUUUCUUCCAUUCUAGCUAUGUUUUCUAACUUUAAACAUGAAAAAUGGCCAUGAUGAGGUCAAUUAAUUUGGCCAUGACCAACUGCCUUGAGAAUAAAUAUAUAAAUAUAUAUAUGAGAAAAUAUAUAUUUGUUUUGAGGGAAAAUGUUAGCAAAUGAAAUUGUGUUUCUAUUUUAAUUAAAAUGACUGGUGAAUGGGGAUUUUUUUUUCUUUUCUUUUUCCAAUGAUUGUUUUCUUAUAAUGUUAUUUUGGGUUUACUGUUUCUUUUUUCUAAUAGAGUUUAGGCUUUUUACACUGAAAUAUUAAGAAAUCAGCUUAGAGACACUGGAUUAGAAAUGCCUUUAUAGUCGAAUACAGCUGCUUCUUGAAAUGCA